AUGCACCUGCACCUUGUGCAGAACCCCAUUUCCUAAAUAUAUGCAUGAUAUCUUGGUGGAAUGCAUACAUCUCUGUGAAGUGAAUCAAUCAAUCAAGUAAUUGGAAAUCAAAAUGGUUUCUCCGACAGUUGAUCUUCUGAAGAGUGAGAUUCCUCUUGAGCAGGAGUCGGUGGUUCUAAGCGAAGAUGUUGUCACUGGUCUUGUCCUUGUGGACAUCAUCAAUGGUUUCUGCACUGUCGGUGCUGGAAACCUGGCGCCAAGAGAAGCCAACAGCCAGAUUUCAGGAAUGAUCAAUGAAUCAGAGAGGCUGGCCAGAUUGUUCUGUGAGAAGAAGUGGCCUGUUAUGGCGUUUCUUGAUUCUCAUCAUCCUGACAAGCCUGAGGAACCAUAUCCUCCUCAUUGUAUUGCAGGCACCGAUGAGUCCAAUUUGGUUCCUGCUCUGCGAUGGUUAGAGAAUGAAGCAAAUGUAACAAUCAGACGCAAAGACUGCUUUGAUGGAUACUUGGGUUCAACUGAGAAUGAUGGUUCAAAUGUUUUUGUGGACUGGGUGAAGAAGAAUCAGAUCAAAGCUAUAUUGGUUGUAGGGAUAUGCACAGAUAUUUGUGUGCUGGACUUCGUUUGCUCUACAUUAUCAGCAAGAAACCUCGGCUUUCUGACUCCUCUAGAGCAUGUUGUGGUGUAUUCCCGUGGGUGUGCUACAUUUGAUGUUCCUAUCCACGUUGCCAGAAACACCAAAGGAGCUUUAGCUCAUCCCCAGGAGUUCAUGCAUCAUGUUGGCCUGUACAUGGCGAAAGAAAGGGGAGCAAAAAUAGCAAGUGAAGUGUCAUUUGAAGCACCAAAGAAGCCAUGAGCACUUGCAUAAAUCGUGUCUCAUAUGGAGGGGAUUACAGCCUCGUGUGUGUUUUACUCUUCUGAAUAAAGUUGUGUGCAAAAGCAGGUUUGAAAAACAGAAAAUAUUCUAACAUAUGCACCAGCAGAAGUUGUGGAGCUUAGAAACUAUGUCAGAAAGUGAAAAAAUAGUGAAACAUAUGCAUUGGUGAAUGAAUGUGAGGGCAGAUGAUAUGAAUGUGAGGGCUUUAAUCAUCUGCUACUUCAUCUUAUGCUCACAAUGUCUUUUUCGA